AUCAUUAUGCUGACCGGUAUCAUAGAUGGAAUUCUUUGUUGUUUUUCUGGGAAGUCUUCAAACAUUGUGGUCCCUAUUAAGACAUCUGAGCCUGCAGACCAUUUUGAGUUUGUGGAGGUAAAGCCUGGCAGAGUGAUACGUAUCUGUCAUAUUAUCCCUCAGCGAGCUGUGAUAGAGGAACCAGACACAGGUGAGGUGGGUACGUUGAACUGUAAGAGGAAAAUCACUAUGCAUGACAACGGACAGUUAUUCAUUGAUAACUUGAAUGAAGCAGCUCACCCUGAACUGGUGCGCUGCCAAAAUGGAGAGAGUGCUGUUGAGGUGGAUGUUGUGGACAGUAACAACACAGCCUCAGGACAGGCUGUAGAGUCCAGCAUGGCAGUAACACAUGAGCAGCCACAGUGCAGAUGGUGCAAGCCCAAACGUACUGUGAUAAUUGACUGUGAACGCAAGAUCACCCAGUGCAAAGAGACACACUCGGAUGUGGCCUUGUUCUUCAUUCAUGGAGUAGGAGGCUCUAUGGACAUUUGGGAGAGCCAGCUGGACUAUUUCUCUCAGCUCGGUUAUGAGGUGAUUGCACCAGAUCUAGCCGGCCAUGGAGCCAGCUCUGCACCUCAAAUCACAGCUGCCUACACAUUUUAUGCCCUUGCUGAUGAUGUAAGAAUCAUAUUCAUGAGAUAUGCAAGACGACGGAAUAUUCUCAUUGGGCAUUCAUAUGGUGUGUCUUUCUGCACCUUUCUGGCCCAUGAGUAUCCCGAUCAAGUACACAAAGUGGUGAUGAUUAAUGGUGGUGGACCUACAGCCCUAGAACCCAGUCUCUGUUCAGUUUUUAAUCUGCCAUCAUGUGUACUCCACUGGUUGUCACCCUGUCUAUCAUGGAGCUUCCUCAUGGCUGGUUUUGCUCAUCAUGGCCAGAAGGAAAAGAAACUGCUGAAAGAGAAAAAUGCCUUCAAUGUAUCGUCUUUUGUGCUGCGGUCAAUGAUGAACGGGCAGUACUGGCCAGAGGGUGACGAGGUAUACCAUGCUGAACUCACCGUGCCAAUCCUCCUGGUACAUGGCAUGUAUGACAGGUUUGUGCCAAUACAAGAGGAUCAGCACAUGGCAGAGAUACUGCUGCUGGGCUUUUUGAAAAUCAUCGAAGAAGGAAGUCACAUGGUGAUGAUGGAAUGCCCUGAUGCUGUCAAUACUUUGUUGCAUGAAUUUUUUCUUUGGCAGCCAGCUACUGCCUCCAAACCCAAACAAGAAACAGCAUUUCCUCCAAAUACUAGCAAAAUCAGCACCUCCAGAGAAACAGCACAGCUGACAAAUGUAAUACUAGAGCAAGAAUCAAAGCCAGUAACUCACCAAAAGACUGUGUGCACAUAA